AAUUGACCCAAUUGAGAAAACUUCUUGUUCUUUCCCUUCGCCAAAUAUAAAGGGCGAAAUCCAUCUCCACACUCUCCCCAAAAUCAAAAUCAAAAGAUAAAAAUUAAAAAUGCAAUGGAAAAGAUUUAUAUCAAUACCAAUACUAGCAGUUUUGUUACUAAUGGAAUUGGUUUAUUAUGGGACAGUUUUCAUAUUUCUUGAAGAUUGGACAGGAUUAGAUAGCUCAACAGGUUUUACAAAUAUGGUGGUGUUUACUUUGUUGGCAUCUUUUACUUUUUUCUCAUUUUUAGUGUGUGUUCUUACUGAUCCUGGUGGUGUUCCAUCUGGGUAUCUCCCUGAUAUUGAAAAUAAUGAUGGGUCUGAUCAAGAAUCAAGAAAAGCUGAUGCACUUAAAAAGCCAUGUGACAAAUGUUCUGCAUACAAGCCUCCAAGAGCACACCAUUGUCGUACCUGUAGAAGGUGUGUUUUGAAAAUGGAUCAUCACUGUACGUGGAUAAACAAUUGUGUUGGUCAAAGGAACUAUAAAGCUUUUUUUCUUCUUGUUGCCUAUGCAACUAUUUCAUGUCUUCAUUCUGCGGUUAUAAUCGUUGGUUCUGGAUUUCAAAAGGAUUGGGAGUCUGCUGGGAUGACUGGCCUCAAAUCCUUUUAUAUCACUUCCGGAGCGAUGAUUUCUCUUUUAACUUUGACACUUGGAACCCUUUUGGGCUGGCACAUAUACUUGAUGACGCACAACAUGACAACGAUAGAGUAUUAUGAAGGGACUAGGGCAGCUUGGUUGGCGAAGAAGUCUGGACAAAUUUAUAAGCAUCCUUAUGAUGUUGGUGUCUACAGAAAUCUCACCAUGAUUUUAGGCCCAAACCUGUUGAAAUGGCUAUGGCCAUCUGCAUUGAGCCAUGUCAAGGAUGGAACAAGCUUUCCCACGAUGCGGGAUAGCUUAUAAUGUCGUUUUCACAUAAUAUAUUUCAAGUUUUGAUAUCAUUUUUUCUAUAUGACUUGUGAUCAUGGAGGUAAAUAGGAAUGCAGCGAGUUCAAUGGUGUUGAAUCUGUACAUGUGUCGGGGAGGAAAAAUGUUUAAUUUGUUUUUAUUGAUUUGGGUUUCUUACUACUUAGCUUAGAUCGGUAUUAUCAAUAUGAAUCAGAUCACAGCUUCUAAAAACUUCUUUAAAUUUGUAUGACACUGUAACCAUUUUAAGUCAUAAGUUGUACAAGUAUGGAAAGGAGACUGCUUACAGGAA